CAGUUCCCGGCAAACUGUUUCAGAGUAACUAUGUGGCAGGAGGUACCAGGUUCUCCUCCCCACUCAGGUUAACUCCUCGUCUCUAAGGCUCAGCAUUCUUCAGCCAAACCAGGCCGGCAUCGUCCCCCGCUUCAGACCAUCUCACCUGUCUUUCUCCAGCGAGCUCGGUCUCUGGCCCGACCCCUCCCGGUCCAGCCCAGCGCGACUCAGGCUGGGGCGAGGAUGGCUCUGCAGGCGCGGAACCUGACGCAGCAGCUGGAGGACGCUCUGACCCGCUCGCUGGGCGAUUACCUGGAUCGCUGGCGGCACAACGUGACGCAGGCGGAUCGAGCCCUGAGCGAGCGGAUGGCCCAGGAGAACUUCCAGGACGUGGUCUGGUACCUGGUGGUGAUGAUCGGCAUGUUCGCCUUCAUCAUCGUGGCCAUCCUGGUCAGCACCGUCAAGUCCAAACGCAGGGAGCACUCCGAUGACCCGUAUCACAAGUACAUCGAGGAGGACUGGACCGCCCAGAUCAAGAACGAGACCACCAUCCACCCUUACGUCCAGUCCAACCCCAUACCCAGGGCCUACGAUGUGCCUUAUUCCGCCUGAUCUGCUCUGAUGCACCGGGGCUAAACAGGAUAUAACACAUUCCAUUCACACUGAUCAGCUGGACAUACCAGCAAAAAGAAUGUUUGUUUUCACCCUGAUUAAUUUGGCAUACAUGGCAGUAAUCUGUUAUUCUGUCUUUUAUAAGCAACAAGGGAUUCUGCUGCUUCUGAUUGCCUGAGUGCAUGGAGGUAAAUCAGUCUGAUUUUCACAUGUGUUACCCAUAAUCCCUCUCAACCACAGAUUAAAAUCUGAUCAGCUCACUGCCAGCGCACUGAAAUCUCUUACUCUCCUGAUCAGCGUGUCUGUAGGUAUGCUGAUUCUUCCUCUGACCAGCCUCAUUUGUGGCUGCGGCCUUUCCUGAGGUUAAAUAUUCUGAUGAAAUCUACAGACAGGGACUCCACGCUGCAUUAGAUCAGCUCCAAACUCAUCUUGCACCCUGGUCUGUAUGAACCCUAUAAUGAUCUGUAUAAAUGCUAUAAUGAUCAGUAUAAAUGUUAGCAUGAUCGCUAUCUAUGUAUAAAUGCAACUGGGAAACAAACCAGUGGUGGCUGUCGAAGUGAACACAGAGCUAUAUUAAAGCUUUUGAUUGUG